CUCUUCCCUUCUCCUCCUUCUCUCUAAGAAAGGAAACUGCUCUGUAACAAAACCAGAAGGACUCUAUCGACUCCAGACAGUUGUCUGACCGCGGGAAGAGCAUCUCCAAGCCUUCAUACGUGUCAACAUGGAAGAAGCACUGGCGCCUUUGAGGAAAGCUGUGAGGGAGCAGGGUGAUCUGGUGCAGCAGUUGAAGGAAAAAGGCGCCACAGAGCAGGAGAUGAGCAAGGCCGUUGCUGAGCUGAAAGCCAGGAAGAAGAUCCUUGAAGCAAAGGAGCUCGCCCUGCAACCCAAAGAUGACAUGCUGGACAGAGCAAAGAUGGAGGACACCUUCAAGAGGAGGUUCUUCUACGAUCAGGCUUUUGCCAUUUAUGGAGGUGUCAGCGGCCUGAUUGACUUUGGCCCUGUGGGCUGUGCUGUGAAGAACAACAUCCUGCAGGAGUGGAGGAAUCACUUUGUCCAUGAGGAGCAGAUCCUGGAGAUCGACUGCACCAUGCUCACCCCAGAGCCUGUCCUCAAGACGUCAGGUCAUGUGGAUAAAUUUGCUGAUUACAUGGUGAAAGAUGCCAAAACGGGGGAUUGUUUCCGCGCUGACCACCUCCUCAAAGCUCACUUGGGAAAACUGAUUAAAGAUGAGAAAUGUUCACCAGAGAAGGCAGCUGAGAUGGAAGAUGUCAUCACUCAGAUGGACAACUACACCCAGCAGGAACUGGCUGAUCUGUUUGUGAAAUACAACGUCAAGUCCCCUUCCACAGGAAAUGACCUCACACCUCCUGUCGCCUUCAACCUGAUGUUCCAGACAUCCAUCGGACCGGGAGGGAACACCCCUGGAUAUCUGAGGCCUGAAACAGCUCAGGGAAUGUUUCUCAACUUCAAACGCUUGCUGGAGUUUAACCAGGGGAGACUUCCCUUUGGUGCUUCUCAGAUUGGAAACUCCUUCAGGAAUGAGAUCUCGCCUCGCUCUGGACUCAUCCGUGUCAGAGAGUUCACCAUGGCAGAGAUCGAGUUCUUUGUGGACCCCAAUGAAAAAGUACACCCUAAAUUCUCAAACGUGGCAGACCUGGAGAUCAUGCUGUUCUCCUCCAAGGCUCAGACCAGCGGCCAGCCUGCACAGGUCAUGAGGCUGGGAGAUGCUGUGGAGCAGGGUGUGAUAAAUAAUUCCGUUUUGGGUUACUUCAUUGGAAGAAUCUACCUCUACCUCAUCAAAGUGGGUCUGUCCAAAGAUAAAGUGCGUUUCCGUCAGCACAUGGAGAAUGAGAUGGCUCACUACGCUUGUGACUGCUGGGACGCUGAGUCCAAAACCUCCUAUGGCUGGAUAGAGAUCGUGGGCUGUGCUGACCGCUCCUGCUAUGACCUGUCAUGUCACACCAGAGCCACCGGGGUCGCUUUGGUGGCUGAAAAACCCCUGAAGCAACCCAAAGUUGUAAAUGUCGUCCAGUUCGACCCUAAAAGAGGACCCAUUGGAACAACCUACAAGAAGGAUGCUAAGAUUAUCCUGGAUUACAUGGCUGCCUGUGAUGAAUGCUACAUCACUGAUCAAGAGAAGCUACUUGAAGAGAAAGGGGAGUUCAGCAUUGAGACAGGAGGCCAGACUUUUAAGAUAACCAAAGACAUGGUAGGUGUGAAGAGGUUCCAGAAAACUCUGCAUGUGGAGGAGAUUGUUCCCAAUGUAAUCGAGCCGUCCUUUGGCAUUGGCAGGAUCAUGUACUCUAUCUUCGAGCAUUCGUUCCACGUCCGGGAGGGAGAUGAACAGAGGGUGUAUUUCAGCUUUCCUCCUAAUGUAGCUCCAUACAAAUGCUCCAUCCUUCCUCUGAGCCACAACCCAGAGUUUGGGCCAUUUGUUCAGAAGCUAUCUGAGGACAUGACUAAAAAUGGCGUGUCUCACAAAGUGGAUGACUCUUCAGGAUCCAUUGGGAGGCGCUACGCCAGGUGGGAUGAGAUCGGCAUUGGGUUUGGAAUCACUGUCGACUUUGACACAGUGAAGAAGACGCCUCACACCGCCACGCUGAGAGAGCGCGACUCUAUGAGGCAGAUCAGGGCUGAGAUUUCUGAGCUGCCAGGGGUUGUUCGAGAUCUGGCCUUGGGUGUUUUGACAUGGGCAGAGGUGGAGGAGAAGUACCCCAUCUUUGAAGGACAGGAGAGCAGCAAGAAGGAGUAACAAACUGGGACUCAAUAAAAAUUUUACAUCCCAAAAAUAGCAAUAUUUUUAAAACAAAGAGCUUAUUAGCUUUGUGAAUAUCAUACGCUUUUAUACAACGGUCAAAACUAUUUCUUUCAUGGGAUGUAUGAUUAUGAUGUAUGAUUGUGAUUGAGCUUGCACACUGAUAGGAGGAAAACUCAAGCAUACACAAACAUGCUAACUAGGGCUUAGACAUCAGUCCUCUGUGGACUCGCUCCUCACUGUCACCUGAGCAACUGUAAGCUCUCUAUGGAUGUGAAGCACUGACGAUGUUAACGCAGGAAGUAAAUACAGCCAUGUAUGGACUUUAAUUUCACUGACAUCUAUAUACUGUAUGCUUUGGAUAUUUUUAGCAGAAUAAAACACAUUAUUCAGA